GUCCCUGUUCACCGACCGCGCCGCCGCCCUGGCCUGGGCACCUGUCCCACCGCGGCGGCCGGCAGCGCAGUGCUCCGCGGGCGGCAGGCGCGGUUCCCGGGCCCCUGCACGGUGCCGGGCCGCGGACCUUCGGGGGCCAGAGCCCGCGGGCCGCCGCGAUGGCCCUCAAGAUGGUCAAGGGCAGCAUCGACCGCAUGUUCGACAAGAACCUGCAGGACCUGGUCCGCGGCAUCCGCAACCACAAGGAGGACGAGGCAAAAUACAUCUCUCAGUGCAUUGACGAAAUCAAGCAGGAGCUGAAGCAAGACAACAUCGCGGUGAAGGCCAAUGCCGUCUGCAAGCUGACCUAUUUGCAAAUGUUAGGGUACGACAUCAGCUGGGCUGCCUUCAACAUCGUCGAAGUCAUGAGCGCCUCCAAGUUCACCUUCAAGCGCAUCGGCUACCUUGCUGCUUCCCAGUGUUUUCACGAAGGCACAGAUGUCAUCAUGCUGACAACGAACCAGAUACGCAAGGACCUGAGCAGCCCCAGCCAGUAUGACACUGGAGUUGCGCUGACUGGCCUGUCCUGUUUUGUCACCCCAGAUCUUGCCAGAGACCUGGCAAAUGACAUCAUGACACUGAUGUCACACACCAAGCCGUACAUCCGGAAGAAGGCGGUGCUCAUCAUGUACAAGGUGUUCCUCAAGUACCCCGAGUCUCUGCGCCCCGCCUUCCCUCGGCUGAAGGAGAAGCUGGAGGACCCUGACCCCGGGGUCCAGUCUGCGGCCGUCAACGUCAUCUGUGAGCUGGCUCGACGAAACCCCAAGAACUACCUGUCCCUGGCCCCCCUCUUCUUCAAGCUGAUGACCUGCUCCACCAACAACUGGGUGCUCAUCAAGAUCAUCAAACUGUUUGGAGCCCUGACCCCUCUGGAGCCAAGGCUGGGCAAGAAGCUGAUUGAGCCUCUCACCAACCUGAUCCACAGCACGUCCGCCAUGUCCCUUCUGUACGAGUGUGUGAACACCGUGAUCGCAGUGCUCAUCUCUCUGUCCUCUGGCAUGCCCAGCCACAGUGCCAGCAUCCAGCUCUGUGUUCAGAAGUUAAGGAUCCUGAUAGAAGACUCGGAUCAGAACUUGAAGUAUUUGGGGCUGCUGGCCAUGUCCAAGAUCCUGAGGACGCAUCCCAAGUCUGUGCAGGCCCACAAGGACCUCAUCCUGCAGUGCCUGGAUGACAAGGACGAGUCUAUCCGGCUGCGGGCGCUCGACCUGCUCUACGGGAUGGUGUCCAAGAAGAACCUGAUGGAGAUCGUGAAGAAGCUGAUGACCCACGUGGACAAGGCCGAGGGCACCACCUACCGAGACGAGCUGCUCACCAAGAUCAUUGACAUCUGCAGCCAGUCCAACUACCAGUACAUCACCAACUUCGAGUGGUACAUCAGCAUCCUGGUGGAGCUGACCCGGCUGGAGGGUACCCGCCACGGCCACCUCAUCGCUGCCCAGAUGCUCGACGUGGCCAUCCGCGUGAAGGCCAUUCGCCGGUUUGCAGUGUCACAGAUGUCCGCCUUGCUGGACAGCGCCCACCUGGUGGCUAGCGGCACUCAGCGGAAUGGGAUCUGCGAGGUGCUCUACGCGGCUGCCUGGAUCUGCGGGGAGUUCUCGGAGCACCUGCAGGAGCCCCACCAAACACUCGAGGCCAUGCUGCGCCCCAAGGUCACCACGCUGCCUGGCCACAUCCAGGCUGUGUACGUGCAGAACGUGGUCAAGCUGUACGCAUCCAUCCUGCUGCAGAAGGAGCAGGCAGGGGAGACCGAGGCUGCCCAGGAAGUCACCCAGGUGAUGGUGGAGCGGCUGCCCCAGUUUGUGCAGAGCGCAGACCUGGAGGUGCAGGAGCGGGCGUCCUGCAUCCUGCAGCUGGUCAAGCACGUGCAGAAGCUACAGGCCAAGGGUGUGCCUGUGGCGGGAGAGCUCAGUGCCCUCUUUGCUGGGGAGCUAAACCCAGUGGCCCCUAAAGCCCAGAAGAAGGUCCCGGUGCCCGAAGGCCUGGACCUGGACGCCUGGAUUAAUGAGCCACCCUCGGACAGUGAGUCUGAGGACGAGAAGCCCAAGGCCAUCUUCCACGAGGAGGAGCAGAGGCACACUCGGCGCCGGCCGCCCGAGGUGGACGAGGAGGAGCUGGCCCGGCGCCGGGAGGCCCGGAAGCAGGAGCAGGCCAACAACCCCUUCUACAUCAAGAGUUCUCCAUCCCCACAGAAGAGAUACCAAGACGCGCCAGGCGUGGAGCACAUCCCCGUAGUGCAGAUCGACCUCUCGGUUCCGUUGAAGGUCCCAGGGCUGCCCACGUCAGACCAGUACGUGAAGCUGGAGGAGGAGCGCAGGCACCGGCAGAGGCUAGAGAGAGACAAGAAAAAGAAGAGGAGGAAGGAGAAGGAGAGGGAGAAGAAGGGCAAGCACCGCCGCCACAGCUCACUGCCCACGGAGAGCGAGGAGGACAUCACCCCUGCCCAGCAAGUGGACAUUGUCACCGAGGAGAUGCCUGAGAAUGCAUUGCCCAGCGACGAGGAUGACAAAGACCCCAACGAUCCGUACCGGGCCCUGGACAUUGACCUGGAUAGGCCCUUAGCCGACAGCGAGAAGCUUCCCAUCCAGAAACACAGAAAUGCGGAGGCCUCAAAGUCACCCCCAAAAGAAGACGUUCCUGUGGUAGAGAAGAAGAGCAAGAAGCCUAAGAAGAAGGAGAAGAAGCACAGAGGAAGGGAGAGGGAGAAGAAGGAGGAGGAGGAGAAGGGCGAGGACUUGGAUUUUUGGCUGUCCACCACCCCACCGCCUGCCACUGCCCCUGCCCCGGGCCCAUCUGUGGAGGAGCCCGGUGUGAACGCUGUCGUUACUGCAAAGGAAGAGUGUGAGGGUCCCAGGACAGAAAAGCCCGAAGACCAGGAGGAGGAUGCCGCCGAGCGUGACACAGAGCACGACACAGAGAGGAAACACUCCAGGCACAAGAAGAAGCACAAGAAGGAGAAGGGGGACCACCGGUCCAGAGACAAGAAGUCCAAGAAGAAGCCGCUUGAGCGCGAGGUGGCAGCGGGGGAGCCGGUGGAGAACGGCGCCGCUGAGGAGGAGCCCCUCCCGCCCAUGUCCAGCUACUGCCUCCUUGCCGAGAAUUCUUACAUUAAAAUGACGUAUGAUGUCCAGGCCAGCCUGCAGAAGGACAGCCAGGUCACGGUGUCCGUCAUCCUGGAGAACCAGAGUAGCAGCUUCCUCCAGCACAUGGAGCUCAGUGUGCUGGACUCGCUCAACACCAAGAUGGCGCGGCCAGAGGGCUCCUCUGUCCACGACGGCGUCCCCGUGCCCUUCCAGCUGCCACCUGGCGUCUCCAAUGAAGCCCAGUUUGUGUUCACCAUUCAGAGCAUCGUCAUGGCCCAGAAGCUCAAGGGGACACUGUCCUUCAUCGCCAAGGACGCCAAUGGGGCCACCCACGAGAAGCUGGACUUCAGGCUGCACUUCAGCUGCAGUGCCUACCUGGUGACCACGCCCUGCUACAGCGAUGCCUUUGCCAAGUUGCUGGAGUCCGGGGACCUGAGCAUGAGCUCAAUCAAAGUUGAUGGCAUUAGUAUGUCCUUCCAGAAUCUUCUGGCAAAGAUCUGUUUUCACCACCACUUUUCAGUUGUGGAACGAGUGGAUUCCUGCGCCUCCAUGUACAGCCGCUCCAUCCAAGGCCACCACAUCUGCCUCCUGGUGAAAAAGGGCGAGCACUCGGUGUCUGUGGAUGGGAAGUGCAGCGACCCAACUUUGCUCAGCAACUUGCUAGAGGAGAUGCAGGCGACGCUGGCCCAGUGCUGAGUGCCAGGCAUGACGACUGGCACGUCUGGCGUGUCUCGCCUCUCCCUUGUCCUGUGCACUGUCCCUGUGCCCAGUGUUGGUCGAACUCCACUGUCACCUGUGUAGACAUCCGCAAUCCUAUGUUGUGUUGAUUUUUUUGAUCCUUUUUUACUUUAAAUCUGUCCAUUCUCUGGCAAGAAGCCCUGUUCCAGUCCCCAAACCAGCAAGGGGCUUCCAGCUGUGCUCCACGCCCUGCCCAGGUGGCUCACUCCUCCAGUGUGGUCACUGGGGCUGCCAAGGAGCCCUUGGGACCACCAGGCCAGGACUGGCAGACCCCACGGGGAGGAUGCUUGGCAAGCAGGCUGCAGCUAAUCUGGGGCCUGUCCUUCUGCCUCCCAGGCCUUUUCUGGGGGAGCCCCUGCUGUUGCUCUUUCCCCAAACAUCCCCACUGGUGGCAUUUGUAGGGAGGUGAGCAGGCGGCCAUCACCAAGCUGCUCUCCCUAGACCCCGUGAUGAGAAAACGGUCGUGCUGUCUGUGCUCCUGGGUCCCCUGCGUAGGCCAGGCCUUAGGCAUGAAUCACUGACAGUUGAAUCACAUCCUGGGCUGUCUGGGAAUGGGGGUGGAGCCGGAUGACCCCAUGUCCCUCUGCUCAUCACUGAACACACCCAGGCUUGCCUCCACCUCAACCCUGUUGGGAGGCCCAGGUGGGGCUCAGGAGCGCCACGCCUAGGCUUGUGUCCAGUGGUGGAGGACAUGUCCCAGACGCCUCUCGGGCUGGAUCCCCUGAAGAGCCCCCUCCUGGGCUGAGCAGCCACUAGGCAGGGCGCGGGGACCCAGCCAGCCCAUCGCCCACAGGCAGGCAGUGGGUGAGCCAAGUUCCCGAGAUGAUGGCUCCCCAUGACGUUUUAACUGUUCCUUUUGAUGGAAAUGGUCACUUUAGCAUGUAGGGUAAUCUAUUAUGGAAUCCCAUACCGUGAUUCUAGAACUUUGAAAUUGUAUGAUGUUACACGACUAUUUGCUAUCGACAUUCCCGUGUAGACAUAUCACGCUGCUGUAAUGAUUUUGUGUCCAGAUGAUCCAAUAAAGUUGCAGAACAGACUCUG